AGUUUCCCACUGUGAACACUUUCUGACCAAAAGUUUUUCAGCAAAAACUGCUUGUCUGUUCUUGGAACAUGCGCAUGUUUUUUUGGUGGAUAAACUGAAAACCGAGUGUCUAAAAGUGAUAGGUGAAUCUUCAACAGAUGUACUGCAAUCGAAGACAUUUUCUGACCUAUGUCCGAGUUGUUUGACAAGUAUCACUGAAUCAGAUGACCUUGCUGAUGAUGAAAGUGACGUGUACAUUGCCGUCAUCAGAUGGGCGGCAGCUGAAUGUAGCCGUCAGAACAUAGAGAGCAAUCCCGAAAACAAAAGGCAAGUCCUUGGAGAUAUUCUGAACACAGUGAGGUUCCAGAAAAUUGAUUUUGACUUCUUCCUCAAGCAAGUGUGUGAUGAUAAAGUACUUCCAGGGGACAUGGCACUAGAUGUUAUCAACUACAAAAUGCACAGCAAGAUCGAGGGUAUGCCUUGGCUCAAUCUGAACGACCGAAAAUAUGCUGUACCUACAAUGGAGAGUGUUUGGCGAUUUAAAACUAUUUUGGAUGGAUCAUGGGUCAACAACUUUCAACAAGAAGCUAUUUCCUUUAAGGUUCCAUGCGCAAUGAAACUAUACGGAAUCGGGUCAUUUCUAACAAAUGCAGAACCUAGCACGGUUGAUAUAAAGGUGUAUAAUGGAUCUACUCUUCUAUACAGCGGGAGUAAUUUACCGCUGGUCAAAAACGAUUCCAUAUAUGCAGGCGAUGUUUUGCUUGCGAAACCAGUUCGACUAUCGACUGGAAAAACGUAUACAGUUAUAGAAGUAUCAGCAGCGUGUAAAGUACACUACUCCAACACAGGGUUAGAGAAGGUAGACUGUAAGGGCGGAACAAUUACUUUUAUCAGCAGUUCCAUGAACAGUUACUCGACAGCUAAGAAAGGUCAGAUUCCCCUUCUUAUCAUAGGAUCAUAAAUAAUAUCUGCGAUGAACCGGAAGUUAAGCAAUCUUUUUCAUUGGAAGACCAGCAUUUCGUCAUCAAUAUAAAGAAGUUUACUAUAAGUACUCGCGGCGUUUUGGAAAAAAUAAUUACAGCUUACGUCAGUCAUUGUUUUGUGUGCAAGAAUAUGACCAUCUUAAUAAUCAUUGAGUUGGAAAUUAGUUUCUAUUAAAAUAGAAUGAAUUAUUAAGGACGAUGACGGUUCCAUAUACUGAUAGCAGGGGAUCAUGGUCAAUUUGAGGGAUGAUAAGUUUUAUGUAUUUUGUCAGAUAUGUUAAGAGGUAUAUUAAAUGACAAAUCAUAUAAAUUGCUGAACAAAUUUUGAAGCAAUACAACUUUGACUUUAGUUAAAUUAAGCUUAAAAACAAACUAACUUUUCAUGUCAAAGUGUUUUUAAUUGCAAUACUCAACAAUGCAAGCAUCUUUGCCAAGAUAUUUGCCCUCGGUUGUUAUAACGGACAAAAACUCUAUGUUCUGUGAUAUUCAGAGAAAACCGUUUCCUGUGAAUUGAAAUCUAAAAUAGAAAAAAAUGUAUAUUUCGGCGUUCAUAUUAAAAGGUCAAUCUACAUUAAAUGCCUCUUAUAAUCAUGCUUCCUAGUCUCACGUUAAACUAGUAAGUUGAUACUUAUGUAAACAUAAUGCUGAAAUACUCAUAAAAGCUAGCUUUCUCGUGUGCUCUUGCUGUAUGUUUAUUAAGAGACAGUUGUCGGCAAUAUUUCCGUCUCAAUGUAAAUCAAAUAUUUUCAAGCAAGAGCAAGAACGUCAUUUCAAACAUUGGUAACAUAAUUUCUUUAGAAUGCAAGCACAAAUAUUUUUUCAUGAAUCGAUGGCAUUUUCCUAACAUCUCAAUAAUUUGCACAUUUAUUUUACCUUUUACAAGAAGCCCAAGGUCAUUAAACGCUUACCUGCUAAUGAAACAGAAACGAAAUUCAAGAACAUAUUUCAUAAGCAUGUUAAUUUUGCAUAACUUAUGUUUCUUACCAUUUCAUGAUACUAAAGCAUUUAAAAUGUAUGUUCAAUUGCUUUCAAAAUGUAAGCACGUUACA